AUGUGCAUAAACUAUGUUUGUAUAAAGUAUUUAGAGUAUAAAUAAAUAAAAAGUGAAUAUUUAAAUGUUAAUGACAGUUUGCCACAAGUUGACAGUUGACAUUUGACAGUUCCCAAAACUUGUGCCCUGAAAACUGUGUUUGAAGUUUAAACUAUUUUUACGUAAUUUAAUUAAGUCUUAUUUUGUUAUACAUAUAUUUAUUCUCUUAAAAUUCUGUAUAAGUCUCAAAUUAGAUCCGGAGCACCUCUUUACAAAUUCCACCUUUGGUUCUUUGUGUUUAAUUUGACAUCUGUCACUUCAAGGCAAUUCAAAUCAGACUUAUGUGUGAAUUUUGCUUCUUAUUAAAUAAAAAAACGUGAUAUUUGUUAUCAAUGAAUAAAAAACUCACAAAUAUCGUCUAUACAUUCAGAUAAUUAUAAAAAACUGCACUAUGCAUGUAUAAUUUAAGUGUCAAACGCGACUGUAAAAUAAUGUUCAAAAUGUUUGCUUGUGAUUAUUAAUUAUAAUAUGAAUGACUCUUGUGCAAUCAAGUUAAUAGUUCAAGAAAAAUUCACAGCCGGCGAAGUAGUUGUCAAUAUUUUAGAAACCCUGUCCCAAGCAAGUCCUUAUCAAAUCCUAAGUCUAGUCACCUACAAAGGCUCCAGUGCAUGUUUUUCUUUCCUAAGUCUUCGCAGUCCCCCGUUGUCCUUUUCUGACCUAACCUUACAGACAGCAGUACCCAUCGACAAACAACUCGAAUGCAAAAUUGAUGACCAUCCAGAUGGGACGGUGAUAUUAAACAUUGUAUCAAAGUAUCAAAUUACAGCACAUGUGAAAUCUGAUACCGAUACUGGGCAAUUUGUUUCUGAAAUAUACAGAGCUCAAGAAGGUUUUCGUGCCAGUGACAAUUUUGAAUGGCUGAAAAGUUAUAGUGAGUCCCCAGAGAGCCCUGAUUUGGCAGUUUUUCGGCAUCAAAUCGUCAGGGGGGCUGAUUUUAUAGCACGAGACAUGGCUGCUAAAUAUCAUAUGCAGAUGAAGGAGAAGGAGUAUACUUAUAAACAACCUUACACAAUAUUUGUGGGUACAUGGAAUGUAAACGGUCAACCACCACCCCCAGUUUCACUAUCACCCUGGUUAGCAAGCGAUGUGGAGCCCCCUGAUGUUUACGUGGUUGGUUUUCAGGAACUAGAUUUAUCUAAAGAAGCCUUUCUAUUCAACGAUACCCCCAGAGAAGAAGAAUGGAGUGCAGCUGUAAUGCGAUCUCUACAUCCCGGUGCAGUUUAUGUAAGACUUAAAGUUGUACGGCUGGUAGGAAUUAUGCUGAUAUUAGCCGUUCAGGAAAAACAUAAACAGCAUGUACUUUUAGAAGAAAUAUUUGUGGAUACUGUUGGCACUGGCAUAAUGGGUAAAAUGGGCAACAAAGGAGGAGUAGGUCUACACGUAGAAUUGCACAGAACCACUUUAUGUUUUGUCAAUAGCCACUUGGCAGCUCAUCUUGAGGAAUACGAGAGACGAAACCAAGACUACAAGGAUAUUUGCAGUCGUAUGAGGUUCAAUCAAAAUAUCACCCUGGACCAACACGAUCAAGUCUAUUGGCUAGGAGAUUUGAACUAUCGUAUCACUGAUUUGGAUCCUGAUCAUGUAAAAAUCUUAUUAGAAGCAGAAGACUAUUCAACUUUAUUAGAAGCUGAUCAAUUACGCGUCCAGCAUUCUAAUAAAAAUGUUUUUAAUGGCUAUGAAGAGGGCCAGAUUACCUUUAAACCUACUUAUAAGUAUGAUCCGGGGACUGAUCAAUGGGAUUCUAGUGAGAAAAAUAGGGCUCCAGCCUGGUGUGAUCGUAUUUUAUGGCGAGGCAAUGAUAUUAAACAAAUUGCUUAUAGAAGUCACCCGCAGUUGAGAUGUAGUGAUCAUAAGCCUGUCAGUGCACUAUUUGAAUCACAAAUGGUUGUAGUUGACGAAGCAAAAUAUAGAAAAACACACGAAGACGUUAUGAAGCAAUUGGACAAAUUAGAAAAUGAAUUUUUGCCCCAGGCAACUGUAGAUAGAACAGAAAUAGAUUUCGGUGACUUGUACUUCAUGGAGCCCCGUUGUCAAGAAUUAACAAUAGCAAAUGUAGGACAAGUGAAUGUUAGAUUCGAAUUUAUUAAAAAAUUAGACGACACUAGUUUUUGUAAAGAAUGGCUACACGUAGACCCGUAUACAUAUACAAUUAAACCAGGUGAUAAAUGUGAUGUACGUCUGACUGUGAUGGUUGAUAAAAGGAGCGCUUGUAAAUUAAAUUGUGGCCAGGAUAAACUUUACGAUAUAUUAGUUUUGCAUUUGCAAAAGGGUAAAGAUAUAUUUAUAACGAUAGCAGGAAAUUAUCAAAGGAGUUGUUUUGGGACUUCUAUAGAAGCUUUGGUGCAGGUCAAUGUUCCUGUACGGGAAUUAACACCCAGUAAUCUUAUUGAAUUGGAGUCCUCGACACCAAGUAAAGGCAGUUACUUCAUACCAAAAGAAAUCUGGUUCCUGGUGGACCAUUUAUACCGUUACGGUUUAAGACAACCACGACUGUUUGAAGAAAGAUGUUUACCAAGUGAACUCAUAGCAAUUCGAGAGUGGUUGGAUAAUGGUUCAUUGCAACCUUUACCUGGCAGUGUCCAUUCAGUAGCCGAAGCUUUGCUACUUUUGCUGGACAGCUCAAGUGAACCGGUUAUUCCUUACGGAAUGCAUGGGGCAGCUUUAAAUUGCUCACAUAGUUAUUCGCAAAGUCUGCAAUUGAUAAUGCGUUUGCCAGAACUUAGAAAAAAUGUUUUUCUGUAUAUGUGUGCAUUUUUACAAGAACUUUUGCAAUAUGCCAAAGAAAACGAAUCGGAUUCUAAAACCUUAGCAACUUUGUUUGGUACAAUUUUCUUAAGAGACACUCCAAAAAGUGGUUCGACAGUACAACCGAAGUCUGAUAGACAAAAAUCGAAUUUUGUGCACCAUUUUUUAAUUAAUGAUCAAAGCGAUCUCAUAAAUUUAACACAUUGAGCAGAGUAUAAAAACAAUUAUUAUAUACUUAAUUAAUAUAUAUAAUUACAUUAGUUACCACUAUUGGAAGAAAGUUAGCCACACGCUUAAAAUAAUAUAAGAUAUUAUUUAAGCCGGAAGUAUUUUUGCCAUUUGUUAAGUUCAAACUUUAAUAGGCCUACAC